UUUGCACACAGUGCCGGCUUACCUUAUUGUAAUAAAAUAUGUGAGCCAGUUAUGCUGGUUGGUUAGUGUAACACUGCAGGGAUACAGUGGUGCAUUACCUGGGUCAAUACUGAAUACACUGGAGGAAAGAGCUGACUUGGACAGAAUCAGUAACGAUCGGGAACUUUGGGUCUUUGGCGAGGAUCAAGACCGGCAUUCUGAUAUUUUGGAGUGAUAUCAUCCGGAUUUUGAUAUGAUUGCAGUAGCUGAAAUGAUAACAAUGGAGGGUGCUGUAACCUGUUGUCUGCCGUAUGGCAAUACCCUCAUCUUGAUCUCAUCCUACCACCAUGAAACGAAAUGCCAAAGCAACGACUCCCCUCAAGUCUUCUACUGGGCCUAGUCAGUCCAAGGCCACAGCAUCACCAGAGCAGAGCAAGGACUUCGAUACCCCACAGAAAGGUAAUAGUGACGGGCCAGAGAAGCCGAAGGAGGUACAGAGAAUACUCCGCAACGGUGCUGUUAGGAAGAAAAACGAUAGUUCCCUCAGCAAAUCCUACAUGAGUAAAAGUCACGAUAAUCUCGCAAGUGUAUUACGGCGUAAAGCGUCAGCGCAGUCUACACAGCGACCACGGUCUGUUAUUGGCCUUUCAAAGAACGAGGAGGUCGGUGCGGCUGUGAAUGGUAAAUCGACUUUUAAUAAAGAAAACCAGGCGGUGCGAGAAAGGAGUGCAACGGUUGCAGUAACAACAUCCCCGCCUAAGAAACUGAAAUCUGAUAUUGUCAAGAGGGCUAAAAGUACACCGAACAUAGAUCAGGCAGGUGCAAUGAAAAAAGCAUCGAGUACACAAAAUAUAAGCAAGAUGCCUGCAUCUGUGAAGCGGGCAUCAAGCACUCAAAAUGUUAGCCGUGACAAGGCUGGGCGCCAUAGCCAGCGCACCUCCGCGCCAGCGAAUAUCAUGGCGUAUAAUGCUGAACUAUUGGCGAGCUUCGAAAAGGAGAAGAAGAUUCUUGAGGGAAAGAUAUCGGAGUUAAGGCAGGUGUCAGAGCAUCGUAAAACUGAGAUUGAGCGUUUGAAAUUCGAAACAAAGAGAUUAAAAGAGUGUAUUAGCGAUCAACCAGAUGAGGAAUUAGAACUGUUACGCAAUGAGAAUCGUCUGCUCAAAGAUCGCCUCCACGAGCUCGGGGUGUGCGUCGAACAAAUCACUGACAGUGAAAAGUUGUCAAUGCUGCAGGAGAAACGUGCUCUCAAACAGGACAGUGUUAGUGUUACUAGCGACGGGAUGGCUUAUUCUAAACAGGCCAGUAGGGGGAGUGAGGACGCGUUAGAUCUCGCCUCGCUUGAUUCGGCUGACUUUGGUCAUGUUGGUUUGAGUGCCAAUGAUCUAGCAUGUGUUACCCCAGAACACCCUUCAUCGUUUUCUCUUGAGAAUAGUAACUGGGAGAAACAGAGCAAUAAGAGUCAUGGUAGCGAUGGACUGAGUGAGAUGUCGGUCUCGUGUCUCCAGGAUCGUAUUACUCAGAUGGAAGAGACACAUUAUAGCACAAGCGAGGAGUUACAGGCAACACUACAGGAGUUAGGGGACCUGCAGUCUAUGGUGAAUGAACUGACCUUGGAGAAUGAACGCUUGGCCGAUGAGAAGGCUGUCCUCUUGGAGUCGCUGUGCGCCCAAACAGAAAAACUAGAACACUGUCGGAUGCAGAUAGAACAUUUGAAGUCAUUAUUGGUAAGCGAGAAUGAUACAUCGAAAGAUGAUAGGGAGUACCAGUUGUUAGGCAUUAUCAAGAGUUCACAGGUUGAGAAAGAGGAGAUGUUACUGAGACAAAUGGAAUUGUGCAAUUGUGUUCAAGGUCUUGAGAAUCAGAGUCGUGAUCAACAGGAUAUCAUAAAUGCACUGAAAGACAAGAGCCACCUGCUGGAGGAUAAGAACGAGAGUUUCCUCGCUGAUAAGAAAAAUGCUGAAGAAAUGUGUCGCGAGUUGAAGGAACAAAUCGCAGCUGAACAGAUUGAGCUGCAAAGAUAUAAGACAUUGUUAGAUAAUGAGAAAGCCAAAGUAGCAGAACUUGAACAGUUCAGGAAUGCAUCAGAUAAAACUGAGCUUGAAGAACUGCUUGAUAAUACGCGCCAAGAGAAGGAUAAGUUAGAGGUGAAGUUGACGGAUGUUCAGGAGGCCUUAGCUCAUAGUCAGUGCGAGGUGUCCCGGUUAAAAGAACUGCUCUCCUCUUUCGAAGAGGAAAUGAAGGUGAUCAAGAACAAUGCCAAAAUGAGUGUUAGUGAUAUGGAAUACAAGAUCCAGCAGGUGAUAGGAGAGAAGAUGGAGUUGAGACAGGAGAUGGAGACGUUACGAGAUCAUAUCGAUCAGUUAGAACAGGAUUGCGAUCGGUACUUAGAGGAGAAGAAAGGUGUCGCCACUUCUUCCAAUGAGUUACAAGCCAAAUUAGAUGCGGCUCUUCUAAAGAACGAAGAGUAUAAAAGUGAGAUUAGGGAGAUUAAUGCCAAACAUGAGGAGGAUAUCGCUGAGUGGAAACAGUUCCAGUCAGAUUUACAAAAAGCUGUUGUCAUCGCAAACGAUAUCAAGACAGAGACUCAAGAGGACAUGGAACAAGUGUUAAAUGAGAAUGCAAUUCUCAAAGAAAAGAUAAAUAGUUUAUCGAUUGAGACGAAUAAACUCAGGGGUGAUUUAGAGAAGUUACGAAAAGUUGGAUCUGAUAAGGAAAAUACUGCAGUGUUUGGGUCAGAACUUAGGGGGAGGGUGAAAAACUCUGUUGAUCGCGAGCUAGCUAAUUUAAGCUUACGUGGGCCCCCACUAAAAUCACCUGGGUCAGGAAAUGGCAAGCAAAAUCUGUCCGUAAAGAAAUUGAUCUGCUCAAUAGAACAGCAUGUGAAGGUUGGUCAUACUUCUCCAUCAGCUGGUACUGGGGAGAGGCGUGGGUCGGUCACUGAGCCCCCAGUGUCGCCAAAAGAGUUUGCUCCGAGGGAAUCAUCACCAGUUAAACCCAAAGAACCACAUCAACGAAGAAGCAGCGCCCCCUCUGAGGUACAUCUGAAAUCAGCUCUGAAGAAGACGACAGAAGUCGACGACAGGAAACCGCCGCUGAAUCGUGGACAUACGUUUGCUCACCCGAUUUCGUCGCUCAAGAAACUCACCGUUGCAGAAGAAGCUAGUCCGCCACCCCCCAGGUCUGUUGAUCAGCCUGAUGGGUCAAAGGUGCCACCAGCCAUCACAUCCAUAUUGUCCACAGAACUGAGGAGAAACAGUGUCUCAUAUCUUGAGACUCUCUUGAGCUUAGAUUGUGGUGCUGAAAGAGAACAAGGUAAAGACCCACUGGCCACCCUGGUGAAGCAGACAGGAGGAUCCAAACGAAACGCUCUUCUCAAGUGGUGUCAGAGUAAAACGGCACAUUACUCGCACAUUGAUAUCACCAACUUUAGCAGCAGUUGGAACGACGGCCUGGCAUUCUGUGCAAUCAUGCACUCCUAUCUUCCCCACAAAAUACCAUACAGUGAGUUGGAUACACACGACAAGAAAAGAAACUUCACACUAGCUUUCAAGGCGGCAGAAAGUAUAGGGAUACCACCACUGUUGUCAAUCAAUGAAAUGGCAGCGAUGGAGCGACCAGACUGGCAGGCGGUCAUGGGCUAUGUCACCAGCAUCUACAAGCAUUUUGAGAUAGACAACAAGUGAACAUCAUGAUAGGAAUUGCUACAGGAUUGGAUCACAUGGAUUCAUGUAGGACUUGUCAGAUAAACAUGGCACAAUAAGAAGAAUCUGCUAGUUGGAUGAGAUUGACAGACUUAUUUAUUUUCAUUGAGAUUAAACUUGGUGGUUCGUUGCUACCAUGAUGUGUCGUCUGCUAAGUGUCAGAUCUGCCAGAAUAAAUGGUCAGAAGUUACCUUUGUUACAAAAUUUAGUGUAAUUGGGAAAAUUUUGAAACACUUUUAAAAUUGAGAGCAGAUUAUUACUACUCAUUUUGAAGAUGCUUUUGAGAAAACCAUUUGACUGAGUCAUUCUUCAGACUUGUCACAUUUUGGAAAAAAAACUUUCGAAAAAAUGCUCAGAAUACCUUACAUUGUAGUUCUGUAUAGAUGUAUUGGUGUGGUAGAGAUUCUGGCGGCUUGAUUUGAACGAGGCAUUGGACAAAACCCUCUUUUGGGUUCUGCUGCUACCAAUUCCAACACGAAAUGCAUUCCCUUUGAGAUAUCUAUUUGAUCUCAAGCUAAACAUCCUGCUAUGACCUUGUAAAUAGUUCUAUAAUGCCUACCCCGAGAAAUGACCAUUUGUAAAGUUACAUCCUUGUCUUGUGUUACCAGAUACCACCUACCAACCACCCUAGUGGCCAUGUUACAACUACUGCAUUUAUACAUGUAGUUAGUGUAUCAAAAUCAUGGCAAGAUGCGUUCAAACCAGAUCUGACCUACAUGUUAAUAUCCUUUGUAUAAUGCUUGACUGCCAAUUUAGUGUGACGUCUGUCAUAAUCUUUCCAAAAUUUGUUUGUGCUUUGCUGAUGUGAACCCUGCUUAUAAUACUACAAGUUGACUGUGAAAUUCCCAGAUUGGAUAGAUUCUUUUUUGGAGUUCUCAUGUGUUCUUCUCUUCAUAAAACUUGGUGUUGUCAUCGUGUCAGGGUUGUGAAUUAGCUCAAUUUUAACAUCGAAGUGAGUGUUUUAGAUACAUUUUCAAGACAAAGACAAUCAAGGUGCUGUCUGAAUAUAUAAUAUAAUCUGUGACAUCGUUUUCUUUGUAUUGUGGUCUAGCCAAAGUCCUGUACCAAGAAACUAAACUGACGAGGAGUAACUGCAAGUUUUCAACAUCGGUAUAGCAUGAAAUAUUCGCAAGCGUUUUUAGUUUCGCAAAUACACAAAUUACAAUUUUGCAAGGAAUAAGUGACUUUUAGCAAAUUUUGUGGUUUACAGUAGCCUACUGGUAGUUGUCAUUUUGGAUUAGUAGUUGUUUCAGCAAUGAAAGUAUCAAUGCAUUUAGAUUAGAUCUGAUGAGACAGACUGCUUCUGUGGUUCAUGAUCACCUUGACCGUAAAUUUGUAUGGCUAUUCUGUUUAAUGGCUAACUGUGCUAGAACUAGAAACUUGUUCGUUGUCCAGAACUUCUAUUACAUUGGCCUUGCAGAGCCUGUUAACUGUAACUGCUUCCGGUUCAAAAUGUAUAAAUAAUCUUUUUAAUGUGAUGUGAUGUCUAAGGUUAGAUUACACCUAUUAGAUUCAAUGCUUUGUGUUUCAGCCUUGUGAUAAGAUUUCCCGUAUUGCAUGUAUUUUAUUCACUGCAACAUACACGUGGGAAUGGGCUUGAAAACUUUCAGUGCUGCCAUCUAAAACUUCAAAGCUGUAACUGAUGUUAGCAUUCAUUAUUCUGAUCAAUGUCUCUGUGUUCUGCAGCUCAUUGCUGCAUCUGAUACAUAACAUUAUCUUAGAUAACCCACGGAGACGGUUGAAUGCCUCUCUCAUUACCUGCAAGUGUACUUUUUGGUCCUAAGUCUUCAUAGGAAUAAUGUAUGUGUGUUGCAUGGUCAGUAGAAUAUAGUUUCCUUGCUUGUAUCCAACUUGUUGUGGAAGUACAUGUAUGUGUAUGUGUAUCAUUAAUGAUAAAUUGUCUUGUGUAAUUAUUUAUUGGCAUUUACAAUAAACCAUGGUCAAAAUCUA